AUGUUUCAUGCUAGAAUCACAUUUAAAGGUCAUUCUGAAAAUUGUGAUUGUAAAAAUGAACUUUGUUUAGAAAAUAAAAAACAAACUAAUCUUCAAAACAAAGAAUGUCCUGAAAGAAUUAGAAAUACUAUUCUUAAAAUGGAAAAAGAACUUAAAAUAGAACUUAAAAAGAGACAAAAUUGUAAGAAAAAUGAUAUUUUAAAAUGUUCUGAAGAAUUAUUAAAUAAAAAAAUAUCUGGAAAUUAUUUUACGAGAGAUGAAUCUGGUAUUUUAACAUUUAAAAAUGUUUCAAAGCCCUUACUUCUUUGUAAACCUAACUCUAUUGGUGUUAAAUUAUCUAUGUUAUGUAAUGAUGAUGAUGAUGUUAAUGGACCAUUAAAAAUGUCACCAGAUGAUUUUCGCAAAUGGCAUUAUAAUGAGAUUGCGCAAAUUAUGGAUAUUCUUCAAAAAUAUAAAAAUCCUAUUAAAAAUUAUGAAUUUCCAAAACCACCAUAUGAAGGUCACAAAAUAGAUGAACCUGCUCACAAAUUAACUAAUGAGGAACUUGAAAAAGCAUUAGAACUUGUUUUUGUACGUUCAAUUGUAUUUUUUUCCUUCCAAUUUUCAAAUGGUGUUUCAAAUGAAUCUUACAGAACUGUUAUGAUUAUACUUUGUUUUACUAUUAAAAGAUAUUUAGAAUCAAUUACUGAAGAAAUGGAUAAAAGGCAUAUAAGAUUAUUAAAUACAAUUGCUUCAUUUGACAAGAGAUAUAAAGAAAGACAAUUGUGUGAAGAUAAAACUCAACAUCUUCGUGAUUUCCUUAAUUAUCCUUCUCAUUUUUAUGAAGAAGUACUUAUUAAUAAUGCACAUCAAUAUUUUUAA